AAAGAUGAAUGUUUGUGUUUUCUCCCAACGUUCCAGAGAGACAACGACAGAGAGCACAAAGUCAGGCUGGCCAUUGGUAACGGUGUGAGAGCAGAGAUAUGGAAGGAAUUCCUGAACCGCUUUGGGAGCAUCUACGUGAGGGAGUUUUAUGCUUCAACGGAGGGCAAUGUGGGAUUGAUCAACUACACCGGGAAGAUAGGAGCUAUCGGACGAGUCAACUACCUGCACCGGAAGCUGUUUCCUUAUACUCUGAUUAAAUACGACACAGAGAGAGAUGAACCAAUCAGAGACUCUACCGGACUGUGCGUAGAAGCUCCUAAAGAUGAAACAGGACUGUUGGUGUGCCGGAUCACAGGCAUCGCUCCUUUUGUUGGAUACGCUAACAGCCAGCAGACAGAGAGGAAGAGACUGAGAGACGUGUUUCAGAAAGGAGAUCUGUACUUUAACAGUGGAGACCUGCUGAAGAUAGGCCAGGACAACUUUAUUUACUUUCAGGAUCGAGUCGGAGAUACAUUCAGGUGGAAGGGAGAGAAUGUGGCCACAACUGAAGUAGCUGACAUCCUCACCCUGAUAGACUUUGUCCAAGAGGCAAAUGUCUACGGCGUUCAAGUACCAGGCAACGAGGGGAGGAUAGGAAUGGCUGCCGUCACGGUGAAGGGAGGAGAACAGUUUGAUGGCAACAAAACGUUCAGCCAUGUAGCCAGCUUCCUACCGGCGUAUGCACGGCCCCGCUUCAUACGCAUCCAGAAUGAGGUGGAGAUGACGGGGACCUUCAAGCAGAUGAAGGUGAGGUUAGUGGAGGAAGGUUUCGACCCGGCAGGCAUCACAGACCCUCUGUACAUCCUACAGGAGAGUAAUCAGAGUUACACACCAAUGACUGGCCAGAUCUACAGCUCCAUAGUGUCAGGCAUCAUCAAGCUGUGAACAGAUCUGUGGUGAUACUACUCCUGGGUCCUAUUCAUUAGGACAUGCAAUUGAAAACGUUUCAAAAAUGUUUUGCAACGGAAAACAAAAAUUAGUAUUACUUAGUCCCUCCCUGUUUUAGUCCACGCCAGCCCUCAUUCUUUACCUGCGGCAUCGUCUGAGACCGGCCACCCGGACAGCUAAUGAAACUUAGGAGUAUUUCUGUCAGUAAGUAAUAAAGCCCUUUUGUGUGGAAAAUCUCAUUCUGAUUGGCUGGGCCUGUGUUGAAGUGAUUUAAAUGUUGAAAGAUAAUGAUGAAAUAAUUCCACUCUGAAACCUUAUAACUGUAUGAAAUUGAUUAGAAUCAUAUAAUUAUUAUCUGAUGGUUUUGUGUAGUUUUAGUCAGUAAAAUUAUAUAUCUGUGAGUGUAGUUUUAGUCAGAAUUAGGGUUAAACAAUAUAUCUGUACAAUAUGUCUUUAGCGUAUCUUAAACACAGACUCUCUGAGAAACAUUCAGUGCCGACCUGGCUAGAGGUUUGGGAGAGUACAGGGAGUACUUUUCAAGGUCUCCCUAAUCUUUGUCGGUUGGGUAAUGAUACAGUAUGUGCGUAGGAUACCUACUGUUUGUGUGUGGAAGUAUGUGCGUAGGAUACCAACUGUUUGUGUGUGAAUGUAAGUGCAUAAGGAGCCAGUAUAUAAUGAAUGGUUUUGUACAACGGACCAGCGCUCUCAUGAAUAAACAUUUUGACUAUCAUA